GGAGUACGAGGAGUGGUGCGGCUGCGCAGGGUGAGUGUACAGCUGGGAGGCAGGCAGGUCGGCACGGGCAUGAGUGCCCCGGAGGCCUGCUGCACCCUGGCCGCCCCUGAGGAGGACUGCGAGGACUCGUCGGGCAGCGAGACCGAACCUGCCCCCGCCUUCCGCCGCCAGCUGUCCACCAAAGAGGCCUCCAAGGGUGCUGCGGCGUGCACCCUCGAGGGCUACCUCCUGAAGCAGACCUGCAGUUUCCAGCGGUGGCGUCGCCGGUAUUUUCGGCUACGUGGCCGAAAGCUCUACUACGCAAAACAAGCCAAGGCAGCCAUUUUUGAUGAAAUUGACCUGCGGGAUGCGAGCGUCGCCGAGUGCAGCGUCCGAGGAUCCGAUUACCUCGGCUUCCAGGUAAUUACGGCGAACCGGAGUCUGGUGCUGUGCGCUGACUCGCGUUCAGACAUGGAGGAAUGGAUGGCCGCCCUGCGGGCAGCUGCUGCCGGCGACCCCGAGAUUGUCACGGUGCCAGGAUCGGGCCGGCCCAGGGCCAUGUCCACCUCCGCCCAGGCUGAGGUGCUCUCGGGAAAUCACCACUGGUACGCCAGCUCGCACGCAAGACCCACCUAUUGCAACGUCUGCAGAGAGGCCCUCUCGGGGGUGACAUCGCACGGUCUGUCAUGCGAAGUUUGCAAGAUGAAGGUGCACAAAAGGUGUGCGUGCAAAACGCUCAACAACUGCAAGUGGACCACCCUAGCUAGCGUCGGACACGACAUCAUCGAGGAGGCAGACGGGAACAUCACAAUGCCUCACCAGUGGAUGGAGGGCAACCUGCCCGUUUCGGCCAAGUGCAGUGUGUGCGAGAAGACGUGCGGCUCGGUGCUGCGACUGCAGGACUGGCGGUGCCUGUGGUGCACCGCCACCGUGCACACGGCCUGCCGCCCCCAACAACCGGUCCAGUGCACCCUGGGCCCGGCCAAAGUCAGCGUCGUGCCGCCCACGUCCCUCCACUCGGCCGGCUCAGAGGAGAGCUGGGACGUGGGUCACGGGCCAAAGUUGUCCUCACCCCUCUUGGUGUUUGUCAACUCGAGGUCUGGGGACAACCAGGGGCUGCGUUUCCUGCGCCGCUUCAGGCAACUCCUCAACCCGGCGCAGGUUUUCGACCUAGUCAGCGGCGGACCUGCACUUGGACUGAAACUUUUCCAUCAUUUAAAACCAUUCCGUGUUCUUGUGUGCGGAGGCGACGGCUCAGUGGGCUGGGUCUUGACCGAGAUUGAUCGACUUGGAUUACAUAGACACUGCCGAGUGGGCGUCUUGCCCUUGGGGACGGGAAACGACCUGGCUCGAGUGCUCGGCUGGGGCUCGGCGUGCGACCAUGACGCGAAUCUGCCCCAACUGCUGGAGCGCUACGAACAAGCCACCACCAAAAUGCUGGACAGGUGGAGCGUGUUGUGCCUUGAGAGAGAAGUGGUCCAGCCUGGCCAAAGCAAUAAGGGCGCCCAGCACGAAGGCCCCGACCUGGGCAGCAUCAGCUCGGUAGUUGAGGAGUCGGAAACGGGCGAGGGUGAGGAGGUUGACGAGGACGAGGAGGAGGUCAGCGGCGUUGGCGAGAUUCCGUUUGUGGACAUGCCGGGACCUAGUUUGGAAGAGGAGUUGGAGGAGGACGCAAUUGCAGCAGCAAAGUUGUUGUGUGAUCGAGCCGAGAGGUUUUUGACACUGGCUGAAGGAGAAGAGGGCGAUGAACUGACCAUCAAGGUGGUUGCCUUGAAAGCAAGUCUGACAGCGUUGAAGGGUGCCCUGCACGACCAUGAUGACGCCAUCACUGCCGACAAGAGUCAGCCCAACGGGCAGAAAUUCCCUCACCGCCGAACAAGCUGCCGGAGAAAGGUGUGGUUCAAGGUGGUGUCCAAGGCUGAUAGUCUGGAGACUGCACUGUCAGAGGUCAGCAACCUGAUUGAGCUGAAGCAACCUCCAGAACUGGAGGAAGACGAGGAGGACGGGCCAAGGUUUCCAGUCAUAUCCGCCAGCAUGAUUGACCCUGCGACGUCAUCAACACCUUUCCUGCCCCCUUCCUCUUAUCUGGGCCCUACCCUGACCACUAACUUCCCCCUCCUAGUGAACCCUGUUCACUCCAGACCAGCGUCUCCAUUCCAAGGUCUCCGCAUUCCAUCACCCCUUAUUGACUGCCUUCGUCCCCCCUCCCCUGCCUCUUUUGAGGGUUUCCGCCCCCACUCCCCAGGAUCCUUUGGUUCGGAUCAGUGGAUCGCACCGCCUCCGAGCAUGUUCGCCGAUGGCCUGCUGCCCCCCACAUCUGAAGCAGGCUCCCCACCCUGCAGUGCGCCCCCGAUCGAGGUCAGCUCUCCCCCUCCUACUUCUGAAAGUGGCGGUGGGGGCAUCGAGUUGCCCUGCGUGGUGGUCAGCGCCCCGUCACCUGAGCACGACGCGCCCUCACCCUUGCCGUCGCCUGACGAAAACCUGCUCUUUGACCCUAUUUUCUUUGCUGAGUACCGAAGGUCAAGUCACGAUGGUACCUACGGUCGCAGGAGCAACGCCACCAGGAGGAUCAGCAGCGGCUGCUUGUUUGGAGAACUGCAGGCGCCUAACUCGCCUGCCCCUCACCAAAGGUCGCCUUCACCCAGGCACAGCAUCUUCAAUCCUAAUCCAAGAGGAAGCCUGUUUUCACCAAGAGGAAGUGUUGCUGAGCAAGGUGAGACAAACCGGAAACUGCCCAUCAUCAAUCCUUUGGUGCGUUCUCCGGCCUGGCCGAACGUCACCGGAGGCGCUUCUGGAGGUCUUGGCUUCAUCAGUCAAGCCCUCUUGGCUAACGCAGACACCCUUUGCGCCGCCGUUUCUCCCCUGAUGGACCACGACGACAGUCUCCUUGAAGGAUUCUACGAACGCUGCGUCAUGAACAACUACUUUGGAAUCGGCAUCGACGCCAAGAUCUCGUUAGCCUUCCACCAAAAGAGGGAGGAACACCCUGAGCAGUGCAGGUCCAGGGCCAGGAAUUACAUGUGGUAUGGGGUGUUGGGCUCCAGAGAGGCGCUGAAACGCUCCUGCAGGAAACUGGAGCAGCGCCUCACCCUGGAGUGUGACGGCCAGCGCAUUCCUCUACCCGCUCUGCAAGGCAUCGUCGUCCUCAACAUUCCCAGCUUCAUGGGCGGCACCAAUUUCUGGGGCGGCUCCAAGAGUGAUGAGUGCUUUUUAGCGCCUUCCUUUGACGACCGCGUCCUCGAGGUGGUAGCCGUCUUUGGAUCAGUGCAGAUGGCAGCUUCAAGGAUUUUGAGUGCACAGAGCCACCGAAUCGCCCAAUGCUCAUCAGUGCAGAUUUCCAUCAUAGGAGAGGAGGGAGUUCCAGUACAGGUUGACGGAGAAGCGUGGGUCCAACCACCAGGCAUAAUUCGCAUCAUUCACAAAAACCGGAUGCAGAUGCUGUGUCGCAACCGCGCCCUGGAGAACUCGCUGCGUUCGUGGGAGGAGAAGCAGCGGCAGCUGAGCCAUGAGAAGCCUCUUCUGCUGGAGCCACAGAAGUGCGGCGCCCUGCACAACAUCAGUGACGAUGAAAGGUUGGCGCUGAUCCGCUUCAUCGAGGCGGCCACCUCGCUCAUCAAGUGCGUGAAGCUGCUUUUCAUUGCCAACCACUCACUGCCCGACUCGCUGUACACCUUUGCCGAAGAGGCCAAUCGCAAACUGGAGGCGCUGCACCCGGGCGGAAAAAUGGUCGAGUCUUCCGAACUGCCCGUCAUGGUGUCACACAUGGUGGCCGCCUGCCGAGAACUGCAGGAGGAAGCGUGCCACAUUGUGUCCGACCUGCCCAAGGCGGAAGACGAACUCACCCCCAAACUGAGCGCAGCCCUGCUGGCCAUGGCUUCGCAGCUCCAGAACUGCCAGACAGACCCCAACACUGGACUCAUCUCAUUUUUGACUGAUGACCAGAGUAAGAGUAGAUCUUCACCCUUGCCUGGUCUUGGCUGGUUCAAACUUAAAAAUCUGAGACGUGGAUCAAGCACCGAAGAUGCAAGUGGCAAAAGUCCGCGGGUCGGCAGGGCAUCUGUGGAGACUUGGGGUGCCCAGGAGGUUGCAACCUGGCUGACUGCUCUUGGGCUUACCGAGUACAGGGACAACUUUACCCAAAACGACAUCCAGGGCAGGGAGCUGUUGUCCCUAGGUCGGCGAGACUUGCGCGAGUUGGGUGUUGAGAAGCUCGGCCACGUCAAACGAAUACUGCAAGGAAUUAAAGAUCUUCAAGCGUCAUGAAUCUAGUCAAACAUCGAAAGCCGAUCAUCGAAUUCUAGGAUUUUGCGUCGUCACAUUAUUAGAUCCAGUAGGAAAAGGGGCAGCGUUGGCCCCUUUUUGAGUACAAAUGCAUGCUUAGGUCAUCUCUGCAAUGCCUGCACACACACAUAUUCACUUCGAGGGCAUUUUCUCUAUAUUAAAAGUAAUUAAUCGCCUCAUCAAUCGCGCGCACGAAGCAAAGCACACAGAAAAGAAAGCAUUUCUCAAACUACUGCCUGUGACAAAUCAAUCAUUUUUUUAUUUCGAAUGUCUUCAAUGUACAUCGAUGUUGUGAUUUAUAUUCAUAUAAUAUAUAUAAAUUGUUCACAAACUGUUUCAACACAAACACAAGCAUCAUUGGCAUAAAUUAUCAUUAAUUACUCCUAACAAGACUGCAGAAUUAUUUGUACGGGGAUCGAAAAAUCUUCCUUGAAACAAGACGAAAGUGAAGAAUCGUACCUUACGUUUUCUUGAAUGUAAAAAAAAAAUAAGAAGGAAAGUGACAAAAGAAGUGUUCUGAAAUCCACACUUGGGCAAAUUUUGAAAGAAUCCCUUUUAAUUGAGUGUCAGCUGUGAUAAAAUGUUACCCUUCUUGAUGUCUGCAGAGCAGUGGAUGCAUUUGGUAGUAGAAAACAAUAUUGAAAAGCACACUUUUCAAAAUUCAUUGAGUUGCCCCACCGAAUUGAAUUACUUAUGUACUUGUGCCAAUUGUGAGGAGAAAAUCCUUUAGAAUCCACUGUCACUGCUACCAAAAACAGACCAGCAAUACAUUUUCUUACACACAAAUAAACCAACCCAGUGAUCCAUAUUGACCUUUUGAGACAAACGUGAAUGUUAUCAACCGCAAUAUUCGAUGUACCCUUGUCGUAGAAAUGCUAGAGAUCUGGAAUUUGGUUUCAUCUCUAAACAACUAAUCAGUUCUCAUAUUUUAAAGGGAGGGUAUUUGAGUCUUAAUUUUAACACAAAUCUCGUUAUUAUGAGAAGUAGUUCUCUCAGUGCACAAAGUUAUAACCUCUAAAGGCAGUAUUAUAUAAUAAUAUAAUAUCUUCAUAGCACACACAAAAACAAAUUUUAACUCUUGCAAGGGUUGCUUCUCUUGAAGUAGAAUAAGAAAUUUCUCUCUCGAAAGCCUCUUUGACAUUCCACAAUUAAGUAUUAUAAUCAAUGCGCUAUUAGUUUUUACGUUUCGAAAGUAAACACACAAAAAUUAAAUGAAUCACACUAGAUACAGAAAGGGCCUAUACGACGAAGAAAUGAUUUUGCUGUAAUUGAGUAAGGCCUAUUCAUUAAUUACCAAUGAGUUUUUAUUACAUCUCUAUUGAUUAUUGCCUAAUACAUAAAAUAUUUAUGACUUGUCUAAGAAGAGUGAAAAAUAAUUCAAUGUAAGAGAUGAAGUUCUUGACCACGAUACGCUUAUCUACUGUCCCGUUACGAUGAAAAGCCUGUGCUGUAAGCCUCUAAAUAUUUACUUAAGGUUAAGAAUAAUAAUGAAUAUAUCCUCGGUGUUCCUAAGUGUUGUGUAGUGACUAGAGUAUAGCGAGUAGAUAUUUUUGAAGCUAAUUACGAACCUGCAGACUAACUCUCGACUUUCUCUGCUUCGAUUGAGACUUAGACUAUAGGUUUGAUUGUAUUAGACUGAUUGGACGUGUUGGAGAAUUGAUAAUGGAAAAAAGUAAUUUUGAUACGAAAAAAAACAUCUCGCUUCAUUUUGAAGAAAUUUCGUAGCCUGCAAACAUUUUUUCUAACAUCUUGUUUUGAGCAAAAUUAAUUGUUGUUGAGAAGUUGUUGAAAAUAUAUCCAAAGUAAUAAUAACAUUGCACUCAAUCUACAAGUUUUUGGCUUUGCAUGAAGUUUUAAAACUCUACACAAAACUAAUUUUCCAUUAUAAAAUUCUACACAUUUGAAAAUCUGCUAAUAAUAAUAAAAGUACGUUAGAGACUCUCCCAAUAAGCUAUUUACCAAGUAAGGAAAACCGCAUAGAACUGAUAGAAGGAAAUCUCUUCUCUAUAUUAAUGACAAACUUUUAUCUGCUCUCUUUUAAAAGCGAAACAUUCUCUCGGACUAUAGGGAAGAGAAAAAGAGCAAGAAGAUGUGUCUUUCGUCUUAGGAACAAUAUGUACUUUGACCCGAUUUGCUACUAAUUUUCUACUUUUUCUAUGACGCAGCAAACAAGUCUUGACUGUAGAGUUAAAAAUACCUUCCUUAACUAAGUACGAAACACUCGAACCUUUGUUGAUGUGCUAUAAAUAUUGUGAAAAUUAAUUGCCUUCCUUCCACCACAACUUGUGUGAGAAUUCUAUGUACUGCCUGCAUACUUGUGUGAAAAAAUCUUCUACAGAAAAACCAAAGUGAUGUCAAAAGGAAAAUUGAAAGUUUAAAAAGAUCAGGCGAAAGGUAUCACCAAAUUUGUGUAAAUUGUCCUAAAGUGUUCUUACUCUGGUGAAAUCACGCAAACUGAAAACGAACUUCUCUCUUUCAUUCUGUAUCUCUAUCAACCGAAAUGCAUUUAAAAAUAAUAUAUUGUUUUGAAAAAGUGCGAUUUCUGUUUUCUCUCUACUAAUAGUUUUUUCAUAUCAUGAUUUUGACGAUUGUGAUAAAAUUUUCAAACGCUGCCGAAAGUAUAGGAGCGCAGGUUGUGUAAGCGACGACGACGAUUAAAAUAUAUACGGAGAAAAGUGAGAGUAAAAAAGUCACUUAAAUAAAAAAUUUCAAACGAAGCUCUACUCUUGCAGCAUCUGAUUCUUGUGAGGAAAUAAAUAAUAUAAAUAAAAAGUGAAGAAAACUUCUUCGAAUUCAUUUACAUCAAUACGACUUAUUAAAGGAAUAAAAAUCUUGCGCGCGGACGCGCAACUCGCGCCUUUCCGAAUCUUCUGUAACGAACAGACGAUCUUCAAUAUUGUACUUCUUACUGUUGCAGUUACACAAAUAAAAACGCAACGCAUUUGUUCC